CUACGGAGGCAUACCAAGAAGGCGGGAUAAAUACCUUAUAACAUGACUAUAUAAAUAUAGGGAUGAGUUAUUUGUAUGUGCAUUUUGAUUAUUUUUAGAGAUCGGAUAAUGUAGUACAAGCUGAUUCUCAGUUUUCAUUCAGAUAGAUUUGAAGGCAACUUUCAUUAAGGCAAUUUUUGAGAGGGGUGGCGCAAAACGACAUCGAUCUUUUCACCGGUCGGUUUACUGCGACAUCAUCGAAAUAAAAUUCUUGUCGUUUCCAUGGUAGAGGCGAAACGUGACAUGCCGUCAAGGUUAGGAAUGACAUAACGGAACAUGAUUUGAUUUCCAAAUGUUUGGAAAAGUUAUUGUGAGUUUCUAUUCUAGAGUUAUUCAGUGUUUAAACCCUAUUAAUAAGAAUUUCUUAAACAUUCCUAUGAUAAUUGAUGUUGUUUUGUUAGCGAGGUGAGAGAGAACAGUCUUAAAGAUCAGAAGAUCAAUGGCAAACACUUUUAAAAGAACUUUUUUUGUUAAUUCCGUUGCAAAGAAAAAUGCUUCAUACGCAACUGGUGAAGUUAGCAGCCCCUAAAACACCAAGUGGAGCAACUGAUGACGAUUCUGAAAUUGGGCAUCCGAAAGCAGAAGUUCUUCCCCCUACUUUAUUUUCAAAAUCAUCCACACCUGAAUCUGAUGACGUUUUAGAAGAAAUACAAGAUCCUAAAUUUUCGACUCUUAAUUAUCAGAUGAAGAGCUCCUUUACCGAACCUGGAAAUACAGAGUCUCGAUUCUUCUGGAUGAUUGAUCAUAUGUCUUUUCGGCAACUUUUCCGAUUAUAUGCAAGGUAUGGCGAUCUGAACAGGGAUGGAGAAUCUAUCACUCUGACAUGUAGUGACAGAUGGUUACGACAAGCUAAGGUCAUUGAUAACAAGAGAGUUAACACAACAGAUACUGGAAUAUACUUCAGACAAGUGGCCAAAUUUAAAAAGUCUCUGAAUAUUCAAUCCUAUGAGAAAUUUCUAGAAUUAUUGGCUAAGAAGAAAAAUCUAAAUUUAAGCGAAAUGAAGUACAAAUUGGUAACAUGUGGCCCACCUUCAACGUACAAAACUACAAUGGUGGACAAUAGAAAAGCUUUAUAUCACAUUAGUGAACGUGCGAGGAUGCCACGUCAUCAUAAAGGAAGAAAUUGGAUAACACGAACAAGUGAAGGAUUUUUUAGCAACUGUCAGUGCCAGCACGGGUACAAUUCUCAAGUCAGUUACAGUUUACCCGAUGACCUAAAUACGACAGUAACUGAAAACAGAGAUGAAGACUGGUUUCCUGAAGAUUAGUGCCAUAUUUUAAUAGAAAUUUAUUAUUUGUGUAGAAUUUUAUUUUUAGAUUGUGUCUAUUCUGUGAUGAUAAGUAAUAAAUGUAUUACAUACAAUUUAUUUUGUGUGUAUCCAAAGCGCAAA